CCCGAGGCGCUGGGCCAGGAUGAGCAACUCGCGGAACAACCGGGUGAUGGUGGAGGGCGUCGGGGCGCGGGUGGUGCGGGGCCCCGACUGGAAGUGGGGGAAGCAGGACGGCGGCGAGGGCCACGUGGGCACCGUGCGCAGCUUCGAGAGCCCCGAGGAGGUGGUGGUGGUCUGGGACAACGGCACGGCCGCCAACUACCGCUGCUCGGGAGCCUACGACCUGCGCAUCCUGGACAGCGCGCCCACCGGAAUUAAACAUGAUGGAACAAUGUGUGAUACUUGUCGCCAGCAACCAAUAAUUGGUAUUAGAUGGAAAUGUGCUGAAUGUACAAAUUAUGACUUGUGCACAGUAUGCUAUCAUGGGGACAAACAUCACCUGCGACAUCGCUUUUACAGAAUAACCACACCAGGAAGUGAAAGGGUUUUGCUGGAGUCUCGGCGUAAAUCAAAGAAGAUCACUGCAAGAGGAAUCUUCACAGGUGCCAGGGUGGUUCGAGGAGUUGAUUGGCAGUGGGAAGAUCAGGAUGGUGGCAAUGGACGUAGGGGAAAGGUAACAGAAAUCCAGGACUGGAGUGCAUCAAGCCCGCACAGUGCAGCAUAUGUUUUAUGGGACAAUGGAGCUAAAAACCUUUACAGAGUUGGCUUUGAGGGCAUGUCAGACCUUAAAUGUGUCCAAGAUGCCAAAGGAGGAUCCUUCUACCGGGACCACUGUCCUGUACUGGGUGAGCAAAAUGGUAACCGGAAUCCUGGUGGCUUGCAAAUUGGUGACCUAGUAAACAUUGAUCUUGAUUUAGAAAUUGUCCAGUCUUUGCAGCAUGGCCACGGAGGAUGGACUGAUGGAAUGUUUGAAACUUUAACCACCACAGGCACUGUUUGUGGUAUAGAUGAAGACCAUGACAUUGUUGUACAGUAUCCAAGUGGCAAUAGGUGGACUUUUAACCCUGCAGUUCUUACCAAAGCCAAUGUUGUCCGAAGCGGAGAUGCCGCUCAGGGAGCUGAAGGGGGUACUUCACAAUUUCAAGUGGGUGACCUUGUCCAAGUUUGUUAUGACUUGGAACGAAUCAAGCUGCUUCAACGAGGGCAUGGCGAAUGGGCUGAAGCGAUGCUUCCUACUUUAGGGAAAGUGGGAAGGGUGCAGCAAAUCUAUUCAGACAGUGACUUAAAGGUGGAGGUUUGUGGAACCUCUUGGACAUACAACCCAGCUGCUGUGUCAAAAGUAGCAUCAGCAGGCUCUGCUAUAAGCAAUGCAUCUGGUGAGAGAUUGUCCCAGUUAUUGAAGAAACUGUUUGAAACUCAGGAAUCUGGUGAUCUUAAUGAAGAACUUGUUAAAGCAGCUGCUAAUGGAGAUGUAGCUAAAGUAGAAGACUUGCUGAAAAGACCAGAUGUAGAUGUGAAUGGGCAGUGUGCAGGACACACAGCUAUGCAAGCAGCUAGUCAGAAUGGACACGUUGACAUUUUGAAAUUGCUUCUAAAGCAGAAUGUGGAUGUAGAAGCGGAGGACAAAGAUGGAGACAGGGCUGUUCACCAUGCAGCUUUUGGUGAUGAAGGAGCUGUGAUAGAGGUCUUGCAUAGAGGCAGUGCAGAUCUGAAUGCUCGUAAUAAACGUAGACAGACCCCACUUCAUAUUGCUGUUAAUAAAGGUCAUCUCCAAGUAGUGAAGACAUUAUUGGAUUUUGGUUGUCAUCCUAGUCUCCAGGAUUCUGAGGGCGAUACUCCUCUUCAUGAUGCAAUUAGUAAAAAGCGUGAUGACAUCUUGGCUGUACUUCUAGAAGCUGGAGCAGAUGUUACUAUUACAAACAACAACGGGUUUAAUGCUCUCCAUCACGCUGCGCUAAGAGGGAAUCCAAGCGCAAUGCGAGUAUUACUUUCCAAGCUUCCAAGACCGUGGAUUGUGGAUGAGAAAAAAGAUGAUGGCUACACUGCCUUGCACCUUGCAGCACUUAAUAAUCACGUGGAAGUGGCAGAACUCUUGGUGCAUCAGGGCAGUGCCAACUUGGAUAUCCAGAAUGUAAACCAGCAAACUGCACUGCACCUUGCUGUUGAACGACAGCACACCCAAAUAGUACGGCUCCUGGUUCGUGCAGGUGCUAAAUUGGAUAUUCAGGAUAAAGACGGGGAUACUCCUCUGCACGAAGCUCUGAGGCACCACACCUUGUCACAGCUUCGCCAGCUCCAAGACAUGCAGGAUGUGGGAAAAGUCGAUACUGCUUGGGAGCCAUCAAAGAACACUUUGAUAAUGGGACUGGGUACUCAGGGAGCAGAGAAGAAGAGUGCCGCAUCUAUUGCUUGUUUCCUGGCAGCCAAUGGAGCAGACCUUGGUAUUCGUAAUAAGAAGGGUCAGUCUCCCCUUGACUUGUGUCCUGACCCUAGCCUCUGUAAAGCAUUAGCAAAAUGUCACAAAGAAAAAGUCAGUGGUCAGGUUGGUUCCCGAAGCCCUUCUAUGAUUAGCAAUGAUUCAGAAACCUUAGAAGAAUGUAUGGUAUGCUCGGAUAUGAAGAGAGAUACUUUAUUUGGUCCAUGUGGGCAUAUUGCUACCUGUUCCCUUUGCUCACCAAGAGUAAAAAAAUGCCUCAUCUGCAAAGAGCAAGUUCAAUCAAGAACAAAGAUUGAAGAAUGUGUCGUAUGCUCAGAUAAAAAAGCAGCAGUACUCUUUCAGCCUUGUGGUCACAUGUGUGCUUGUGAAAAUUGUGCCAGUCUGAUGAAAAAAUGUGUACAGUGUCGGGCAGUGGUAGAACGAAGAGUGCCUUUUAUCAUGUGUUGUGGUGGGAAAGGUACAGAAGAUACCGUCGAUGAUAUCUCAAGUGGAAACAUUCCAGUUCUGCAGAAGGACAAGGACAAUACCAAUGUCAAUGCUGAUGUACAAAAAUUGCAACAGCAAUUGCAGGACAUAAAGGAACAGACUAUGUGUCCUGUGUGUUUGGACCGUUUGAAGAAUAUGAUCUUUCUGUGUGGUCAUGGAACGUGUCAACUUUGUGGUGAUCGAAUGAGCGAAUGCCCUAUCUGUCGAAAAGCUAUUGAACGAAGGAUUCUUUUGUAUUAAAAAAAAUAUCAAGUGUCUCUUUCUUUUACCA